AUCUUUACCUCAGUACCGCUGGGUUCUCUACUGAAGGAAAAUGGCAGAGGAGAGAGUUUCAGAUCAGGACCAGUUCAACUGUCCAGUCUGUCUGGAUCUCCUGAAGGAUCCAGUGACUACUAACUGUGGACACAGUUUCUGUAUGGUGUGUAUUAAUGACUACUGGGAUCGAGAUGAUCAGAGGGGAAUAUACAGCUGCCCUCAGUGCAGAGAGACUUUCACUCCAAGACCUGUUCUACGCAGAAACUGCAUGCUGGCUGAAGUGGUGGAGAAACUGAAGAAGACAGAACUCCAGGCUGCUUCUCCUGUUCACUGUUAUGCUGGACCUGGAGAUGUAGAGUGCGAUUUCUGCACUGGGAGAAAACACAAAGCCAUCAAGUCCUGUUUGGUGUGUCUGGCCUCCUUCUGUGAAGCUCAUAUCAUACCUCAUUAUGACGUUCCUGGACUAAAAAAGCACAAGAUGGUUAAAGCUUCCUCAAGACUACAAGAGAAUAUUUGCGCUCAACAUGAGAAACUGACUGAGAUCUUCUGUCGUACUGAUCAAAGCUUCAUCUGUUAUUUGUGUACGAUGGAUGAACACAAAGGUCAUGAUACAGUGUCAGCUGCAGAAGAAAGAACUAAAAAACAAACUGAGCUACAGGAGGAGCAGAGAAAACAACAGCGGAGAAUCCAGGAGAAAGAGAAGAAGGUCCAGGAGCUGAAGCAGGCUGUGGACACUCUUAAGUGCUCAGCACAGGCAGCAGUGAAGGACAGUGAGAGGAUCUUUACUGAGCUGAUCCGCUCCAUUGAGAAAAAGCGCUGUAAGGUGAGAGAGCUGAUCAGAGCUCAGGAAAAGACUGAGCUGAGUCGAGCUAAAGGACUCCUGGAUCAACUGGAGCAGGAAAUUGCUGCUCUUAAGAGGAGAGACAGUGAGCUGGAGCAUCUUUCCCACACAGAGGAUCACAUCAAUUUCCUCCAGAGUUUCCCAUCCAUCUGUGUCUCUUCUGGAUCUGUGGACUCAUACAGCAUCUCUGUCCAUCAAUAUCCCUCAUUUGAUGGAGUGAAGAAAUCUCUCUCUGAUCUGAAGGAGCGAAUAGAGACAUUUUGCAAAGAGGAAUUGCGCAAAAUCUCUACACAUGCUGCAGUAGUUCAGAUUUUACCAUCAGAGCCAAAGACCAGAGAAGAUUUCCUGAAAUAUUUCUGUCAGCUGACUCUGGAUCCCAACACAGCACAUUGUUUCCUCAUUCUGUCUGAGAAGAACAGAGUGGUGACAAACAGUGUGAAAGUCCAGCCAUACUCUGAUCAUCCAGAAAGAUUUGACUACUGGGCUCAGGUGUUGUGUAAGGAGAGUGUGUGUGGACGCUGUUACUGGGAGGUGGAGUGGAUCAGUGGGGGAUGGGUGUACAUAUCAGUCUCAUAUAAAGAUAUCAGCAGGAAAGGAUGGGGUAAUGAGUGUGGGUUUGGAUUAAACACUCAGUCCUGGAGUCUGGUAUGUUCUUCCACUCUCUCUUUCUGGCACAACAAAAUUGAGACCAAGAUCCCAGAUCCACCGUCCUCCAGAAUAGGAGUGUAUGUGGAUCACAGUGCAGGAACUCUGUCCUUCUACAGAGUCUCUGACACAAUGACCCUGCUACACACAGUCCACACCACAUUCACUCAGCCUCUCUAUGCUGGCUUCUGGCUGGGUGGUAAGAUCUUUGUUAAUGAUGGAUCAUGUGUGAGAUUAUGUGAACCGUAAUAAUGUGUCUGCUACAUUAUGGUCAGUAAUGGGAAGAUGAGAAACCCAUGCUCACUUUUACACUGUUCCUACAUGAUAUUGUUCAUGUAUCCAGCUCAGUCUCUCUGAUCUUGCUUAGAAUAAUCAGUUACACUGUUGGACACAAUAGCAGAACACACAUAAUGAGUCCUAUGAGUUUAUUAUGGUCAAUUACUGUCGCUUUUUAUUGCCAAAAAAUAUGUAUGUAAUGUGAUACCUACACCAUUUUAAGAUAAAUUUUGCCUUAUGAUUCUUAAGAUAAACAUGUUUCCAGAGAAACGCUUUUCAGACAGAGGUCCUUCAUCAGGGUAACGUUACCUAACUGGCAAGCAGCCCUCCAGUUCAGCAGCCCUAACCAAUGAAGCCAACACUAGGGCUCUUCAAUACAUUCCCACAGAAUCCCCAGGGCAGAUCAUUCUCCCUAGAAUACUGAUGUGAUGCACCACUUUCUAGCUUUGUUUAAGUCCCGUGUGUUAGCUGCCUCUUUGAAGUAUUGCCUCUGUUCCGUUGAGUGUACUGAGUGGUAUUCUUUGUUUUUAGCACUCCCUGUGUAUUGGCCAGCUUGUUAUUUCUUGACUUUGUCUUUGGAUUUCCCCUUUUGUAUUUGGUUUGCUUCUGCAUUAUUUGUGGUGUCAAUACUUGACUAAGACAGGAUCAAAUAGGUGUAGUUGAAUACAAAUAUAAUCAGUCCAGUGAUGAGGAACGUGAGAGUGUGUGAUGACUGGAUAAUAGUUCUCCUUGGCUGUGCAUGGGAUUCUGGGAGUUGCAGUGUUGUUUGUCAAUAGGGGCUAAGUAACAAAGUGCUUCUGAAGUUCUAAGAGGACAUGAAAUCAGAUUUUUUUUUGUGAUUAUCAUAAAUCAUUUUGUAGAUUAACACUGAAAUAAAUCAAUCCAGCAUCACCUCACAUCACCCCUACAAAGGGCCCCACUAAACCUGGAACAGGGAAAAGCUGUAUUUCUGUAAUUCCUUUAUGCUGUAACUGGGAUAAAAUUCUAUUGAAUCAAACUAUAUUGUUCAUUUGAAAUCAUUUUAUGUGAUUAUUUUAAUA